AUGGGCGAACUAUCUUCAAAAAAGAAGAGAAUAUGCAAGUUCCUUAAGCAACAAUUUCCCUGCAGCAGAAUCCUAGCCCAAAGAAUAUUCAAGUCAACGGUCCAUGCUACAGUAGCGCUUAUCUUUUGCUUAAUACCUAAAGUUCGGGACCGAUUGGGCAAUCAGCCCUCGAUGCUGCCUCUAAUUGCAGUAAUGGUUCAUCCAGGUCGCCGAGUCAGCGCUACCAUUCAAGGAGCUAUAUAUUGUAUCACUGGGCUUCUUUUCGGUCUAGCCUAUUCUCUCCUUGGUCGAUUCAUUGCGCAACGAUGCCUGGGUCACACAUGGCAUGUUGUCGGUGAAUUACAACAGUAUGCAGAGAAUUACACCAGAUACGAGUCAGCCUUGGCUAUACUAGCAGUAUUUGAGACAAUCAUGUUGUUUGUACAUGGAUGGAUGCGGUCUGUCUCACACCAUUAUUUUCAUAUUGUGUUUCCACUGUUUCUCGUUGUGCAUUUUGCUUUUAUGGCCCCUCUCACUCAAGAUGCCGGAACAAUCGCCAAAGCGUUUAGUGUGCCCUUUUAUUUGGGGAUUGCUAUGUCGAUAUUUUGGAAUUUGGUACUUUUCCCGGAAUUUGGGAGCACCUACUUGGGUAAUAGCACAGUUGACGCGUUAAACGAGAUUCACAACGCUAUUGACUCUGCAAUUAACUUUUUCAUAUCCAUUGAUGUAAAAGAUCCUACGACAUCUCUGUACACUCAAGAACCAGUGUCACUGGCAAGGUUACUAAAAACGAAAAACACAAUCGAAGGUAAAGUUUCCAGUUGUAAUUUAGUUUUGGAGGAGUGCAUGUAUGAAAUAUCCUAUUCGUUUGUUUCUCCUUCAGAUUUGAAAAGUGUUAUACAAUCUUUCAACCACUUGUCGAUGUAUAUUAAUGCUCUUGUCAAUGCAUGCCAGCUGGAAUUUUUGUUGAUUGGAAGGCAAGACAAAUACACUUUGGACAACGAUCUGAUGAACAUAGAGACAGAGAAAGAAAUACGGCACGCGGACGCAAGAAAGCUAUUAAAGGUGCUUGGACUCAUGCGGGAUCCUAUUUUCAACCUUCACAAGACCUUAAGUGAAUCUUUGUUCAUGAUCAAAGCAGCUCUUGCGUAUGUAUAUGACGUGAAAUUAGAUAAGGUCCAGCAUUCGAUAUUGUUCCGCGAAAACGCAACCAAAUUUCAAUCUUCGAAAGACCCCUUCAAGGACUUAGAGUUUGAUAAAAUUAUAGAUAAUUUGGUAAAUGGUGUGAUCGACUUUGACCUCAGAGCUAGAGAGGAACUCAUUCACUUGGAUGAGAAUCUUCUCCAACCUAAUGAUGAAAUGUUUCUUUUUUCUUCCUUUUUGCUCAAUUUCAAAGAAACUACAAACUCUGUGGUCAAUAUCAUGAAAGAGACUCGCAAAAUUUAUCAAUACAGGAAACGCCAAGAACUCAAGGGUAGCCUGAGAGGAAAAACUCUGUGGGUCAAUUUUUUGAGCAACUACAACACAUUCAAAACCUGGAUUACAGGAGCCUCAAAGGCAAGAAUUACAGAAAGUCAAAGUUUGAAUGGAGGCACAAUUGGUGAUAAUUACCGGCCACCGGCUGAUAUGGGUGUCAAAAGGCCGCAAGAAGAGGAACGUGAAAUCUUAUCGCAAAGACGAUCUGAUGUAGUGACUUUUAUGAAGACAAGCAAACUUUUACCUACAACAAAUGCAAGUGAUAGCUCUACAGGCAAAAAAUCUAAUACCAGUCACACGAGCGUUAUAUCAGAUUCAAGCAAUGUUAUUGUUAAAUCGAUUUUUUCUAAAUCAUUGGUUUUUAGUCAUGACUUUUACCACAAGCACAGAGAGCAUUUUAGAUUUGGGCUACAAGUUACUAUAGCAUUGAUGCUCGCUUCGUUCCCGAUGUUUAUUCCCAAAGCCAGAGAUUGGUACAUCAAAAUUCGUGGCACCUGGAUAGGUUUCGUUUGCAUUUUAGCAUUAGAACCGUCUGUUGGAGGCACUUUUUGGGUUUUCUUCUUGAGAGGUGUUGGUGUUAUCCUAGGUGCUGCUUGGGCUUAUGUCUCAUAUCUAGCUGGCUGUAACCAAACAAACCCUUACCUCGAAGUUGUGGUAACAAUUUUUGGUGCUGUUCCAGGCUUUUAUUACCUCCUAGGCACUCCUUAUGUGAAGGCGGCAAUAAUUCAAAUCAUCAGCAUUUAUGUGGUAAUGCUAGCUGCCAUUCUACCUUCUGAUAACCAGGGCUCUAUAUUGUCGAAUUUUGCUAAAAGAUGUCUAGCUGUAGGCUACGGUGGUGGUAUAGCUGUUUUGGUGCAGGUUACUAUGUUCCCUGUUACUGCGAGAGAUCAAUUGAAUGGAGAAAUAUCAUUCGUGGCUGGGUGUAUAUCAGAAAUGCAAAUGUUGUUGGCAGCAGGCCUUGAAGGAGAAUCAUUGAACUCGAGCGUAACGGAUGAAAGAUAUCAGCGAUUCGCAAAGAUAUCCGCGAGCGCAAAAUCUGCUUUGUCUAGAGCUUCUGCGUAUAAGGGAUUGACGCGACAAGAACCGAGGCUCAAAGGGGAGUACACUGAGCUUGAGAAAGUCUUCACGCAAAUGAUAUAUAUUCAAAGACAAAUUCUUGAUCGCAUGGAUAAUAUGAUUCUUUUGAGAAAACAGUACGGUAGCGCAAUUAUCGAAGAGCUAAACUACAUGGUUUACGGUUAUAGAAGACAGUACGUCGCCUCAAUUACUAGUUUGAUGAGGGCUGUUCAGGAAGCUAUUCGUAAUAAAACGCCAUUGCCACAGUUUUUGCCGAGUGCAAGAAUUGCGCACAGAAGACUGGUGAAUAAAGUCCAAAGUAUUCUGAAAAUAAAGUAUGCCUCCAAAAUGAAGAGCUUGAGACCAAGAGUCAUGGUUGAUCUGUUCGGAAAUAAAGACGAUAGUUCAGACGAUGACGAGGGGUUGACAAUUGAGAACCAGCAUCAAGCGAGAAGUACUUUACCGCCUCAUGAGUAUAUCAUGAAGGAGAAAUUUUUAAGCUGGAAUGCUUCGAGUGCAGCAGCCGAAGAAAUUAUUGAAUAUGUGGAAGAAUUAGUACAAUUAUCCAAAAUCCUCGUUGGUGUAAACGAGUUCAAGUACGGAUUCUUAUCACGGCCUCUUUAUGCGGACUGGGCGGCAGAGGCCGCUGUCAGAUUCGAUGACUUUGUUAAAAAACCCCAUAUCCCUCUCAAAGCAAAGACUAAUAGCAGAGCGGGAUACUCAAAACGUUCAAAUGGUCUCCCAUCAACACCAACGAUAUCCGAGGAAGAUUUGCAAGACGACUUAAGCAUUGAGGAGAACGGUCCAGUAGCACUUGAUGCCUUGUCAUCUUCUGAUACUGAGGAGUCCCGCACCCUGGAUUUGGCACGUAUAGCUUCGCGCAAAAGUGAGGUGGCUUCUUUGCCUAAAAAGCUCCGUAAGAGGGCUUUUUCGAUUGGUUCAAAAGGCGAUGCACAGGGUACACACACAUCUUUGUCAAAAUUAAAGACUUUAGGCAGUGGAGAACUUAUACCAGAUGAACAUUCCGAUUCAGAUACUGAUGAAGAAUUACCACUGGCGUUGAAAAAGAUGAUUUUUAAGUGA